AUGACCUCCUGCACGGACUCGAGUAACUUUGUGCCAUCAGAUUACCCACUAGUGCAAAUGGAGGAUAUCAAUUUGAAUCUGAGUGAUUUCGAAGAUUUUUUAAGUUCUCGUAAGCCUGACUCUGCAGGCGGAGCUGAUGGAAUAACUUACAGAAUGCUUUUAAAUCUUUCGGAUAGCGGCAGGAAGAAAUUGUUUGCAGUGCUCAACAGAAUAUGGAUCUCUGGUAACAUUCCUGAUAUCUGGAGACAUAUAAAAGUUCACCCCAUCCCUAAACGUGAAGAUUCGGUGGAUAUUACUGAUUAUAGACCGAUAUGUCUUCUGCCAGUACUUCUCAAGUGCAUAGAGGGUAUGUUGAAACCACAUAUGGAGCAAUUCGCAAAUUCCAGGAAGAUCAUACCCGAAAGGUCUUUUGCUUUCCGCAAGAAUAUGAGCACGACGCAAUGCAUUAACGAUUUGAUAAAUACAGUUCAAUACCUCAGAACUGAAAAACGGAAAGUAGUGGCGAUUUGUAUUGAUAUAGAAAAAGCGUAUGACCAUGUGAACGUGAACACCUUAGGAGCCAAAUUGAUGGAGAUGGGUUUUAAUCGUAAAUUGGUACUGUGGCUAACAUCAUAUCUCCAAGACCGUACACUUCAUCUUCACGAUGCGAAAACUAAGACUAAUCGUGGACUGGCUCAGGGCAGCGGCUUGAGCCCAAUACUGUUCAAUUUGUACACGGCAUCACUUCACAACAUAGAGGAUGAAAACACGUAUAUUUUUCAGUUUGCGGACGAUUUUUUCAUUCUUGCAUUUGAUGAAACUUGGGAUGAGGCGUUGGACAUCCUGGAACGCAAAUUUGGUGAAUUCAUUUACGAUUGUGAACAAUUGGACCUUAAUAUAAACUACGACAAGACCACGGUGACAUCAUUUGGUAGAAGGAGUUCUCAAAUUAAUCUCAAUUUCAAUGGUAGAAUGUUAACGGAAGUAAAGGAGAUCAAAUAUCUUGGCAGGAUAGUCUCGGCGAAUAAUUCUUCACUAUCUCAUGUGACGCAGGCAAUAUCGAAAAUAAACCGGACUUGCAGGUUUUUGAAUACGACAAGUGGUUGCCUUUAUGGAAUACAUCCGGCAAGGGCCAUCCAGUUUUAUAGAGUUUAUGCCCGAUCACAAUUGGAAUAUGCUGCGUCAUCUUUUGCGAACCUUUCCGGAAGAGCCCUGGCUAAAUUUCAGACUCAAUCGAAUUUCCACGUUAGAAGGGCCCUGGGUCUUAUGAAAUCCACCCCGGUACAUGUCUUAUAUCAUCUAGCGGCCGAAUUGCCCCCUAAAUAUAGAAUUCAACUGGCAGCAGGGAAAGAUCUGGUGAAACUAUUCCAUUUGGAAAUGCCUUUGGCAAAAUUGCUCCCAACCUUGGAGAAACCUUUGGACACGAGUUAUUACAAGAUGUUUGAUAAAUUCAAGAAUGUACUCUUGGACGUGGAACAAAUACGUACUUCUACAGUGGAAUCCCGAAAAGUGCGAACAUAUGAAAACUUCUAUCAUAGCAACAAGGCGAACCUGAAUCCUCAGGAGGUGAAUCAAAUAUUUCUCAGUAAAAAAAACGACAUCAUGAGCAGGAAUUUGGAGCUGGUAUAUACUGAUGGUUCCAUAAUGGAGAACCAAGCUGGUGGAGCCUUCUUUCAUCCAAGGUCUAACACUGUAAGGAGAUUUAAAUUGUCGAAAACAGUGUCAUCCAUGUCGGUGGAAUUGCACAUAAUGGAAAAGGCGGUAGAAUUUGCAAAGGAGAUGAACUUUCUGAAAUUGGCGAUACUUACUGACAGCAAAAGUGGUGUUCUGGCCUUGAAAAACGGUGUUUCAAAUGCGGCAUGUUCCAGAAUUCAUGAUUUGAUAGAUUCCAGCCCUACACUUUCCACUGUUGAGUUUCAUUAUAUCCCUUCGCAUAGGGGAAUAUUCGAGAACGAACGUGUUGAUGAAGAAGCUAAAAAGGCCACUCAAGAUGGCCUGACAUUGCAAAUAAAAUGGUCUAAAGACGAAGCUAUAAGGGAGAUCGAAAGGAGACUACAUGAUGAGUGGGAGAGAGAAUAUGUUGAUCUAAGUCGUACGAAAGGUCGGGAAUUCGGAAAAAUAUUCCCAAGUCUCCUUAGGAAACCUUGGUUCAACCAUAACUCCUUGGGGAUGAAUGCUAUUCAGAUAAGACAGUUGAACAGAAUACUCUCAGGCCAUUCCUUCAGUCCACAUACUUUGGCUAGAUUACAUGUUUUGGAUGAUGACACUUGCCUUCUGUGCAAUGAAGUUGACGACGACUCACAUAUCAUAUUCGAAUGUACCAAAUACAACCACAUCCGCUUGAGGUAUCCGGUAUUAGAGCAGUAUGAUAAUACCACGUCAUUUUUCAGGAAGGAACCUAUUGAGAAUUAUCAUUUCAUUACGGACUUUAUUAAGGAGGCUAAUAUUAAACUUUAG